CUAUACAAGUAGGGAGCAGAAUUAGGGGCUGGAGCCAUCCAGUAUCAAGUGUGUUAGUAUUUGCCCAACCAGGGUUUUAUCUGCACUAAUGAACUCCACUCAUUGGAAACUUGCUUUCCCUGGAAACUGUUUCAGUUCUGUCCUCAAAAAUGGUCUAAAAUGCUUGUCUGCAGAUUGUCCCUCUGGUCCUUAAAUCCCUGUUAAUGCUUCCCCUCUUGCUUGCAUUUUGUCCCCCUGUGGUCCUGCUGUGGUCAAACUUCCCUUUUGUUUUCUUUCCCUUCUGCCUUCCGCUAAUGAGACAUUUUUAUGAUUUUUCAGCAUUCUGGGUGCUUUUGUGCAGGUUAAAAGUAUAGGCUGUUAAUGCAACAAACGCUGCCGUGCUGUCUGUCUGCAAAUGCCCAAGGGGAGCAAACUGGGACAUAUCCCAGCAUGUCCCUCUCACCCUGUCCCACUAAUCCCUGCACAGGCUCUUGCCCCUCACUGCUGUGUUUGUUCCCAGUGUUUGCCAGGACUUUGCCAUUGGGAAAGGGGGUGGCUGGGAGGGUGAAUGUGGAGGCUGGGCUGGAUUUCUGCCCUUCCCCGGGCAGUGGAGUGUCUGGUGCACUUUGAUCCUGGGAGGGAGGCUUGGCAGAGACAGCUGGUGCUCUGCCCAAGCUGGGAACGGGCUCCACAGCAUGCCUUGCUGCAUUCCCAGUGGGAGAGAGGGUGGGAGUGUGUGGGUCAGGAUGAGGCCUCUGCUCUGGGCUGCCUGCAGCCAGCUGCUGCCCCGGGGAGCUGGGCUCUGUGCCCCCAAGCCAGCCGUGACCACUGUGGUAACUGCAUCACACCACAGCCUGCAGCCUCUGACCCUUCUGGCCGCCUCCAGCUCCCCAGCCAGUGUGUCUGCAGGGUUCCUCCAGCCCCUGGUCCCAGGGAGCAGAGCCCCCAGCUGCUGGAGCUCGCAGUUCAACGCGCCCCCCAGUGCCCUGCUCGUGGCCCGGCCUGUGGGGGUCUGCUCCAUGAUGAGGCUUCCAAUGCAGGCGUCUGCGGAGGGACUGGACGUGGCGUUUGUCGGUGUCCCGCUGGAUACAGGCACAUCCAACCGGCCGGGAGCCAGGUUUGGCCCACGUCAGAUCCGUGCCGAGUCGGCGAUGGUGAGGAGGUACAACGGCAGCACCGGGGCGGCGCCGUUCGACUCCCUGCGGGUGGCCGACAUCGGGGACGUGAACGUGAACCUCUACAACCUGCCCGACAGCUGCCGCCUCAUCCGGGAGUCCUACCAGGAGAUCGUGGCCUCCAGCUGUGUGCCACUCACCUUGGGCACGGUCCCGUGGGACUGGUGCACGUGGAUGCUCACACCGACACCGGGGACACGGCUCUGGGGGAGAAGAUCUACCACGGGAGCCCGUUCCGGCGUUGUGUGGAGGAAAGGCUGCUGGACUGCGGCCGCGUGGUACAGAUUGGCAUCCGAGGCUCCUCCUAUGACCCCGAUCCCCACAAGUACUGCUGGGAACAGGGUUUCCGUGUGGUCCCAGCUGAGGAGUGCUGGAUGAAGUCCCUGGAGCCGCUGAUGAGGGAGGUGAGGGCGCAGAUGGGGGACAAGCCAAUGUACAUCAGCUUCGAUAUCGAUGGGCUGGACCCUGCCUACGCCCCGGGCACCGGCACCCCGGAGAUAGCCGGGCUCACACCUGCGCAGGCUUUGGAGAUUAUUCGUGGCUGCAAAGGUCUGAACAUAGUGGGGUGUGACCUUGUGGAAGUCGCACCAAUGUACGAUGUCUCUGGCAAUACAGCCCUCCUGGGGGCAAACCUGCUGUUUGAGAUGCUGUGUGUCCUCCCAGGAGUAAAGACAUUGUGAGGGCAGUUCUCACCUGCCCUGGGACAAACACUACUCCAUGUCCUCAGCCAGGCUUUCCAUGUCCCCUUCCCUUCAGCCAGCUGCAGCCAGCAUGGGCUUUGCAGCAUGAAAUAAAUGCCAUUUACCACUAGAAAAGGUACUUUUUAGCUGGGAAACUGUAGAGAACGGGCUAGACACUGUUUAACUGGGGUCUGGAGCUUUGGAGCUGGCCUGGGAAAGGGAUAGAUGAGGCUAAUGCCAUUUUGCCUCUGGAAUGAUUCACCCAGCUCACAGGGCUCCUGGAAAAACUGUCAUUGGUAAAAGGUUUGUCCCAUUAGGAUGUUGCAGGAAGACAAUGAAUGUAGAAGAAGGGAGGAUAUGAAGGGGGCCUGAGCCUCCUGCUGAGAGUAGGGAGAUAUUUGACUAGAAUGCCUGCUAGUGGAAUAACCAGGAGUUUCCUAUGGCAGGAGCAGUUUAACUCACCUGAAAUUUCUGAGAGGACAUGGAGGUGAGGUUAGUUUGUACAUGGAGACACAGAGCCAUCUCAUCACACAUUAAAAUAGUUUAUUUUGGUUGCGAAACUGUAAUUGUCUUAAAACAAAAUGACAUCAGUGCCUGUUCACAAAUACAAAAACAAAACAAAACCCCCCCAAAAUAAAAAAGAC